AUGCGUCACAACGUCCUCCCAACACUACAGUGCAACACUUGGUCUUCAGAACCAACACUAGAUCUUCAACACGAAGAAGUAAUGAAAUCAGAUAGCAAGAAUGCCAUCAGCGGACGCUGGAUCGAGACGCUACGCGAGAUCUUCCCAGCGAGCGAGGGCUACACACUCAACGCGACGAUUCACGAGUACCGUGGCUCGAAACACCACGAGAGCGACGACAACGACGCCGACAACGUUAUAGCCUACGACCGACUGGCCGUCUAUUAUUCCGAGUACCAGGGCGAAAUCUUCAGCAUGGUGCUGGAGUGUAGGGAUGAGAGCAGCGCUGGAGCGCCGGAGCCGGGCAGCGGCGUCGCGGAUGCUGUGAUAAGCGCCCGCUCCAAGUUCCUGUUGAAGGGGUGGCCGGCAACCUUACUGCCCAUCCCUACGUAUGGCGGGGUCAUAGCCUUAAAUGAUGUGUUCGUGUAUGGAUUCCGGUCCUAUUGCGUGGAGCCAUGGUGCGAUUUGGACCUCGUGUGCGACGACCCGCAGCACUUCAAGAAGGAAGAGUAUGGACAACUAUUUAGGCUGUUCCUGGACCCACAGCGGGAGGCUCAGGGACUCCGCGUCGACGAUGCGCAGUUGUUCACGGAGUGGUUGGCGGAGUGGAAGGCGAGCCUGGCUUCGAAGGGCCCGGCCGAGAGUCUCUCGUUUGAGCCUCUGAUGCAGGGAUCUGGUCAGGCUCCAAAGGUGGGUGAGUUUAACUGCCCUGCGCUCGAGGACAUGAACCUAGCGGAGACGCGGACGGGGCCACAUUGGCUGCACACUCCCGGAGGCGCGCUUCAAGAGGCCGAUGAAUUCAGGUUGCCCGAAGGCAUGAAACGUCGGAUAGAAUUUUCCCUGCCGAGCCACGCGCUGGAGACUCUCGAAGGCGUUCCUGUAUGCGCUGAAGACGACAUCUCGCUUGGAUCUCUGUCACCCAUCUUGGAGGAUACCAGAGAGGACUUCCUAUUGGAGUGUCUCGGAGAUGCUCCAGAGCCAGCCCUGGACAGUCCUCCAGACUGCAUGGAGCUAGAGCAGGUCAUCGAGGAGGCCACUCGGAACUUUUUGCUACAGUUGCUCGGUGAGGAAGACCCCGACGAAUUUGAUUAG